CAUGAUUGUAUUUUAUACUUCCUCUUUCGUUUAAACUGAAUAAACGCAUGUAUAACAAUCACCUCGAUCGAUUUUUGUAGCCAGGGAAAUUUGCACGCAGUUGGAACAGUUAAAGGAAUGACACCAUGGGUGUAGAUAUUGACACUUACCGUGGCAGAAUAGGCACUUUCAAGUUUGCCUAUGGAAAUGAUGUUGUCACCAUUGUCUGUGUCAUAAAUCUGAGCGGAGGGAUAAAGGUUAUCGGAAGUGUAUUGUUCAUUGGACUACUUCUGCUGAUAUCUGGCAUCGAGUCUAAUCCAGGGCCUAGGGAAAACGAUGCCGAUCAAGAACAAAGAACAAUACUUGUUGCUGGUAUACCUGACGGUGUAGACAAGGAGCAUCUGCUAUUGGUAUUUAAAAAUGCCAGGAAGCAUGGCGGAGGAAAAAUCAGCAACAUACGCUUCAAUGAAGAAGAACGGUCUGCUUUCAUUCAGUUUGAACAAUCUGCAACUGUUCAGUCAGUCCUACAGAAGAGACCAAUUGUGUUAUCCGGAAAGGUGGUAGAGAUAGAUGUUGUGACAGCGGACGCGAGUUUUCAGUCUGUCUUGUGUACUUCGUCCACCGUAGAAGUUUCUGGAUUCCAGGUGGACGAGUCAGCAAAAGAGCUUCUAGAAUAUUACUUUGAAGAUGAAGAUAGCUCAGGUGGAGAUAGUGUGGUUGAAAUCAAAAUAACAGAGAAUGGAAAUGCUUUGAUCACAUUUGAAUCUACUGAAGUUGCGCAAAGGGUUGUAGACAAGGGAACGCAUGCAUUACGCCAAAAGCCUUUAACUGUUGUACCAUAUAUUACAGACGAUUCACCGCAAUAUGAUAGAUUUAAUGAUUCAUCAACACUCUCAAUGGAAAUCACAGCUGGAAUAGUUCAAAGGAAAGACACAGGUACAAUGAAAGCUAAGAAGUUUGAUGUGCACAUGGAAGACAUUAAUGUUGAACUGAAAGACUCUCAUGAUCAGGCGACCGGCAUGGAACAGCCAGAACGUGAUGAAGAAAUCAAAGGCGAUGCAGUACACACAUUAAAUCAGAUUCUAGAAAGAACUGCACUGACGGACAAAUACCCCGGGGGAAUAUCAAUACAAGACAUCAUUUCGAUAGAUCUUGAAGAGAACAGCCGACAGCAAUAUACGUAUGAGGGGUUACCAUGGGUUUUACUAAGACGAAUAAUAGGCGUACACAGCAAGGCAAGAGAUCUUUCAAUAGCUAGUGUAGUCACGGAAAACAGCGAACAGGCAGAACACGUAGAGAAUGAUGUUAACGUUUUUGAUCUACUUCAAGUUGAAGACACAUCUCCCGAUAGUAACGUUUUAAGCCCCUUUGAUAUAUUUCUCAUUACCAUACAGUGUUGUGAUCCGAUGCUAAAACAGCUUUUGUUCAAGAAAUUGUAUCUUUGUAAAAUAGCUCUCCCGUUCGUACAAUAUGAUAGGCUGUCGAGCAAAUGGGAAAUAGUAGUAUGGCCAUUUCGUUCUUUAGUUGUAGAAAGUAAAAUUUUAUCCCAAUCUCUCGAACAUAGGACCAUUGAAAUUGAAAUACUUGAACUUCCUGUUAAGACAGUUACUUUUGCAAAAUUUGGAAAGCCGCUCUAUUCGAAAUCAAAGUUAAUGAAUGAUUUAUUAUCUGACGACAUUCAAGAUACGUUUUUUCAAUAUGAAUUGCUCACUAGGUAUGUCACAAAGAUGUAUUAGC